AGUCACGACCAGCGAGAGCGAGGGUUAGCGACGGCGGAAGCCCACCUGAGUACGCGAGAUGGCGGCGGCGGCGGCGGCGGAAGGAGUUGCGGGCGAGCCGUCGGGGACGAGGACGAAGCGGCUUAAGGUCGCCGUCAUCCACCCUGAUCUCGGGAUAGGUGGUGCUGAGAGAUUGAUAGUUGAUGCGGCUUGUCAGCUUGCCGCCCAUGGUCAUGAUGUUCAUGUUUUCACAUCUCAUCAUGACAAAAAUCGAUGCUUUGAGGAGACUGUUUCUGGUCCCUUUGAAGUUAAAGUAUAUGGAGAUUUCUUGCCUCACCAUAUUUUUUACCGCUUCCAUGCUGUUUGUGCAUACCUUCGCUGCAUUUUUGUUGCAAUGUGUGUGCUACUUUGGUGGCCCUCAUUUGACAUCAUAUUAGUAGACCAGGUUUCAGUUGUGAUUCCACUGCUUAAACUGAAGGCAGCAUCCAAGAUAGUAUUUUAUUGUCAUUUUCCUGAUCUGUUGCUUGCUCAACAUACUACCAUGCUUCGGAGGUUUUAUCGCAAGCCAAUCGACAUGAUUGAAGAAACAACUACUGGCAUGGCAGAUUUGAUUCUCGUAAACAGCAGGUUUACUGCAGCAACAUUUGCCAGGACCUUUUGUGGCCUUCAUGCAAGAGGAAUCGAACCUGCUGUGCUAUAUCCAGCUGUCUCUGUUGAGCAGUUUCAGGAACCUCAUGCUUAUAAGUUGAAUUUCCUCUCAAUUAAUCGGUUUGAGAGGAAAAAGAAUCUUGACCUAGCCAUUUCAGCAUUUGCUUUGCUUCGCUCUGUUGCCUCUAUGCAGCCUGAUGAUGCUCAACAGGAAGUUACCUUAACAGUGGCAGGUGGAUAUGAUAAGCGUCUCAGAGAAAAUGUUGAAUAUCUUGAGGAGCUCAAAAGAUUAGCUGUGACCGAAGGGGUUUCUGAACAUGUCAAAUUUGUGACAUCUUGUUCAACAUCUGAAAGGAAUGAACUUCUCUCCAACUGCCUUUGUGUGUUAUACACUCCAAAGGAUGAACAUUUUGGCAUUGUUCCUCUGGAAGCCAUGGCGGCAUAUAAGCCUGUAAUUGCAUGCAACAGCGGUGGUCCAGUGGAAACAGUCAUAAAUGACGAGACAGGGUUUCUCUGUGACCCCUCUGCCCCUGAAUUUUCAAAAGCCAUGCUGAAGCUCGUGAACGAUCACGAUCUAGCAGUUAAGAUGGGUAAACAAGCAAGGGACCAUGUGGUGCAGAAGUUCUCAACCAAGACAUUUGGUGAGCUUCUUAACAUGUAUGUCCUUAAUGUGUACCAUCACAGGAUUGAGUGAUCUCUAAUUUUAAAUUUGGUGUCGGCAAUGCCGUGUAAGUGGAACACGAAUAGUCUGUCAUCAUUUUCGUGUUUUGCUUUUUGUGACUUGCCGACUUGGAUGUACACGCAUGCAAUAGAGUAUUGUAUACUGAACAGUGAUAAUGGCUUCGUAAUAUUACUGUUUGGGGGUAAUGGCAGGAAAAGUACCAUUCGGCCCUUCUGAAA